UCUUAAACAGUGAUAUCAUGGCAUCUUCCUACAACAAUUCCUCUGAGGAACAAACAGAACUACGCAGACUUCACAUUAAACUUAUCUCUGAAAUUAACGAUGAUUUAGAUCAAAAUAGCAUAGAGUAUGAAAAAUUAUUUUUUCAUUUCGGAACAUAUGUGCCUUCAGGAUUAAUUGCCAAUAAAUCAAGUCUAGAUAAACUUAAAACUUUAUGCACCAGAAACAUCAUUACACCAGGAGAAAAUUAUGAAAAAUUGAAACAGAUAUGUCGAGACAGUGGAAAUGAUACUCAUGUAAAUACAAUAGAAAAAUAUGAAAAGGAAAUGGAAAAAGUUCGAACUCGACAUAGAAAUACAGGUCCACAGGAAGCUGAGAAAAAACAUACAGACUCAAAAAGAAAAUUUACUGCUCUUGAGACAGAACAAAAAGAGGUAGAAUGUGUUUCUUUUGCUUUUUAUCCCCCUCCGAUAGAAUCGGGAGGGGGAUAUAGUUUUGGCGUUGUCCGUCCGUCCAUCCGUCCGUCCGAAUUUCGUUUCCGGAGUAGUUCUCUGCAACUACUGGCUGGAAUUCAACGAAACUUUAUGAGAAUCAUCAAUAUCAAGAGGAGAUGCGCAUAUCGUCGGCUUGUUCCGGUCCGACCCUUUAACUCAGAGUUAUGGCCCUUGAUUAGUUAUGUAGUAUGCAUAUAGAGUAAAAAUCGUUUCCGGAGUAGUUCUCUGCAACUACUGGCUGGAAUUCAACGAAACUUUAUGGGAAUCAUCAAUAUCAAGAGGAGAUGUGCAUAUCGUUGGCUUGUUCCGGUCAGACACUUUAACUCAAAGUUAUGGCCCUUCAUUAGUUAUGCAAUAUGAAUAUGGAGUAAAAAUUGUUUCCGCACUACUUCUCUGCAACUACUGGCUGGAAUUCAAGGAAACUUUAUGGGAAUCAUCAAUAUCAAGAGGAGAUGUGCAUAUCGUCGGCUUGUUCUGGUCAGACCCUUUAACUCAGAGUUAUGGACCUUGAUUAGUUAUGUAGUAUGCAUAUAGUGUAAAAAUUGUUCCCGCACUUCUUCUCUGCAACUACUGGCUGGAAUUCAACGAAACUUUAUGGGAACCUUCAAUACGAAGAAGAAAAUGCGCAUAUUGUCGGCUUGUUCUGGUCAGACACUUUAACUCAGAGUUAUGGCCCUUGAUUAGUUAUGCAGUAUCCAUAUAGAAAAAUAUUUGUUUCCUCGCUACUUCUUUGCUACUACUGGCUGGAAUUCAAUGAAACUUUAUGGGAUACUAAGAGGAGAUGUGCAUAUAGUCGCCUGUUCCAGUCAGAUACUUAUAACUCAGAUUUAUGGCCCUUGAUUAGUUAUGUAGUAUGCAUACAUCUCAUUGGCAUUUCCAGACUUUACUAUUUAACACAAAGUUAUGGCUCUGUUAUUGCCCUGAAUAUUUAUCAAGUUCAAAGAAUAUUACUGUUUAUGCCAUGAAUAAUAUAUAAAUAAAGCCUUAUGUCUUCAGUUGAUGUGUUAAUAAUAACCAGUACUCGGCGGGGAUAUAAAUUCAACGAAUUUGCUUGUUUCUGGUUAAUAUACUGGUACAUGUAUAACUGUUUGUUUCUGGUUGAUAUACCGGUAUAUAUAAUUAUAACAAACAACCAUGGUUUAAAAAUAACUAAUGUUUGAAUGGUAUACCAGUAUUAUUAACUUGUUAAGGCACACAAUUUGGUUAGCAAGCUUUGUAAUUUCAUGAUGCUCUUUUUACCUCACCUGUCACAAAGUGACAGGAUGAGCAAUUGUGAUCGCUUUUCGUCCGGCGUCCGUCCUUCGUCAAUAAACUUUAACUUUAAAUGACAUCUCCUCAUAAACCACUUAGCCAAUUUCAUCCAAACUUCACAGGAAUGUUCCUUUGAUGGUCACCUUUGAAAAUUGUUCAAAGAAUUUAAUUCCAUGCAGAACUCUGGUUCCCAUGGCAACCAAAAGAAAACACUUUAAUUUAUAAUAUCUUCUUCUAAAAAAUCCAAAGAGCUAGAGCUUAGAUAUUUGGCAUGAACAUCUUCUUGUGAGUGUCUACCAAGUUUGUUCAAAUAAAAGCCCUGGGGUCAAAAUUGCCCCCCCCCCCCCCGGGGGACAUUGAUUUUCCUUAUAUGUGUAUAGCAAAAACUUAAAAAUCUUCUUUGAAAAAACCCGAAUAGCUAGAGUUUAGAUAUUAAGCAUGAAACAUUUUCUAGUAAGACUUAAGUGUCUACAAAGAUUGUUCAAAUAAAAGCCCUGGGGUUUAAACUUGCCUUGCUCCGGGGGCCUAUAUACAUGUGAGCGACUUCAGGGCCAUCAUGGCCCUCUUGUCAUUAUUAACACAGUAGAAAUAUUAUGGUGAUAAAUGCUGCAAAAUUCAUCAUUAAUCGCAUACAACAUGUAUAUUAUUUAUUCACUUUUUCAGCUUGUUUAUUAUAUUAAUAUCCAACUCACUUGGAUUUUGACAUCUGUCCAACACUUUCGGUUAAGUUUUUCAAAUCAUUAUCACCCUGUGGAUAUUGACAGAAUUAUGCCCUGUUUUUGAAACAUAAUUUUUUGUACCACUUCACUUAUUUCCUAUACCUUUUGAGAUUUUUUUUUAAAUAAUGUGCCCUGAUAAAAAACUAUUAUCCAGACCUGGGGAUGAUUACAUUGAUCAGUAAUUGAUUUAAUUACAAUGACUUUCACAUUUUAUUGUGAUUGAUUAUUAUUGAUUACUCAGACUUGCCUUUGUAAUCAAUUAAAUUACAAUUACUUUAAGACUUUGACUAUGAAUAGAGUAAUUGAUUAAUAAUUGAUUACAUUCAAUGUUAAGUAGAAUCCCUACUUUUGACCACCCCUGAAUUAAGACCACCCCAUUAUUAAGACUAUUUUUUACAAGGUUCUUUAUGUCAAUGGUUACAUGAUCCAGAAUAAAGAAGAACCGCUUUUCCACUUUAAAGACCACCUGAUUCAGUUCAAAUUCUUUGCUUUAUUCUUAAUUUGACCCAACUAUUGAGAUCACUUAUAUUAAAGGCAACACUUAUCUACAUCUUAAAUUUGUUGUUGUGAUCUGAUGAUUCUUAAUUUCACAAGAUGUGAAACACUGUUAUUACUGGAUCAUUGUAUUUAAUAAGGUGAGAAGAUAAAUUAAAGAGUGGUUUAAUGUUGCUUAAAGCAAUUUUAUUUUGUGAAGAAUUAAUUUUUAUUGGUAGGUGAUUUAUAUAUUAUAUUUUUUA